CACCUUGGCGGGUGGGGAGGUGCAGGGCGCGCGGCCCAGCGGUCAGAGCCCUUAGCCCAGCUCCCCCUCGGUCAGAGACGGGGCGGACCCUGCGUCUCCCACUGCCAGUGGCUUCCUGAGGCCACGUGUGCGCCGUCUCGCGCUCUCUCCGCUCCGCGCUGAGCUGCAGCGAGUUAGCAGCCAGCGGCCAGCACACCUCACCUUUCCUGCGGGACACUCUCUCUGUGCGCCCCGCGAAUGGCGCCCUGUGCCCACGCCGGGCCUGGGAGCAGCCCCCAGGGCGCCUUCAUGCUCCUUAGCGUGACAGUGUGUGUUUGAAAGUCAGACUCGGAAAGCAGCAGGCCCCGGGGCCGGGCAGCCUUCGGGAGCUCGCCGGGGACAGUGCGUGCAGAGGGGAGUAGAUCGGUGCGUUUCAGGUGCGUCUCCUUCGAAACCGCAAUGCCUCCUUGCAAGCAACACGGGCCGAGUCAGCGGGCCGCCCGCUGCAGAGGCGGCGAUUCAGCACCCCAGCACGAGGACAGCUCUUUGCAGGGCUCUCCAGCCUGCCCGGCCUGGCUUUGAAUGGGCUGCUUGGAUACAGCUCCUUGCUUCUUCGAAUCAGAACCCUCGGAACACUUUGAACGGAAACAGACCCUCCCUCCCUCCGCCAAAGCUACAGGGCAGCCGCUGGCUCUGGGAGCUGCACUGUUCAGACCCCAGCAAGGGCCCAGAUGGCUCUCUGGGCUGCUCUCUCCCACGGACUUAGAGGCUUGCUCCUGGAGAUCUUCUAAUUCCACCAGAAGCAGCGAGAUGUGAGAUUUAGACCAAGCAAGAGAUUUAACUGAAAAUGCUGGACAAGUGGAUCCUCCUCCUCCUGUCAUUAUUAACAACCCAAAUUCAGAGCAAAACCCAGGAUCCAUACAAGCAGGAAUGCAAUACAAGGGGAAUCCAGUGUCAUCCAAAUGCAGUUUGUCAGCUGGAUGAAGUGACAACCUAUUUCUAUUGCCAAUGUCUGCCAGGAUAUGAGGGUGAUGGCACUAAUUUCUGUCAAGAGCCUGCUGUGAGCAUAACUGUUUUCAAUAACUCUGAUUGUGAUGGCUUUGGAGAGCAGGUUUGUCUUAUCAGAGUAAUUACUGGAAGAACAGUCACUUUCAGAGUCUCUAUCUCUGGGAACCACCAGCCGUCUAUGAUAAAAUGGUACAAAUUCUACUCUGCCCAAGGACCCCAGUUCCACAGUUAUCGAAGGAGAUUGACACCAGCUGAUAACCUGUCCCCAAAGAUGACUCUGGCCAACAGCAGUCUGGCUCUGAAGCUGUUUUCCAUUGAUGAGGAUGAUUUUUACCCAAACAUGUUCUGGGCUGAAAUCCAAGCAAAAGCCUUACCUGAUAAACAGCCAAAAAUUGAAGCUUAUGAUUUCACAGACUUUCAGAUGUUAAACCCUUCUCACUUGAGAUACUUUUUCGUCCUAGAAAGAAUGCCAAUAGAGCUUGGACAGUUUUUAGAAGGAGACACUAUUACCAUCCAGCUGCCCCAGUAUCUUCAGGUGUCUCCUUCCAGCUUUGUGAAGUGGACCAAGGAGCCUUCGCUCAUGACAUUGUUUGACAGCAAUGCUGUUGUGCUGGCCAACAGGACUGAGGGGAUUGAGAUCAAAGGAGUAAAGAAUAGUGAAUUUGGUUACAUCCGAGCUCUUGUCUAUGAUUUCACCCCUGAUGUUCCUGGAAGGGUUAUGGUAGCCCAGAGGCUCUUCUUCAUAAAGAAGGAUAUUAGCAAAAUGUGCAGUGGAACUCGGAAUGAAAAGAAUUGCCACUGUAACCCGGGAUUUGAGGGAAAUGGCGUACACUGUAUUGAUAUAGAUGAGUGUGUGGAAGGAAUGCCCAUGAAGUGCCUGCCCGAGGCUGAAUGCAUCAAUAGAUAUGGAUCGUACUUUUGUCGUUGCCCACGUGGAUUCAAAGGAGAUGGACUGUACAGCUGUGUAGAUAUAGAUGAGUGUGCAGGAGGUAUCCAUAACUGUAAUCAGGAUGCUACUUGUCUGAAUACUCUUGGCUCCUAUUUCUGUGUGUGUCAGAGUGGGUUUAUUGGUGAUGGCAUUCACUGUAAAGCAAAAAGCAUAUGGUCCCCAUGGUCUCCGUGGUCUAUCUGUACUGUCACUUGUGGAUACCGGAACCAAAUGCGGAUCCGCUUGUGCACCCAUCCAGAGAGUGGGAUGCGUUGUGAGGGACCUUCUACUGAUCUCAAGCUUUGUCCCAAUCUAGAACCGUGCCCAAUGAAUGGCCAGUGGUCAGAAUGGUCACCCUGGUCAAUGUGUUCUGACACCUGUUCAGGAAUCAAGAAAAGAAUCCGGAUUUGCAAUAGCCCUGCUCCUUCCAGAGGAGGUUUGCCCUGUGCUGGGUUAAAGGAGGAAGUCACGGUGUGCAACAACAACAAAUGCCCAGUUGAUGGGAUGUGGUCUCCGUGGGCAUCCUGGACUCCCUGCCCCAUCUCUUGCGGCCUAGGUGUGGUGAGCCGAUCUCGACGAUGCAAUAAUCCUGCCCCAGAGCAUGGGGGAAAGAAUUGCACUGGACACAGAUAUGAGGAAGGUUCUUGUGGAUUUCCAGAGGACUUUUGCAAAUACUUGAAGCGACCAUCUGAAUCCAUUAUACCUGGGAAACUGAUCCAGUAAUCAGUCUAAAGAAGUUAGUGUGCUGAAAAACUGUUGAAAUUCACUGGCCUCUAACUCACUUCUAUGCCUUUUAAAAGCCCAGCUGUACUGAAAAGUUCCAAAAGAAACCUGCCUCAACAGAAAACUUAUAGUCAUAAUACUUACCGGAAAACACACAUUAUUGGUAUUGGAACCAGUGCAGUGUACUGAAUGCUAAGGCCCAUGUUGUUCAUGACUCUCCUAGAGAAGAAUAAAAGCCUGGAACAAAAUGAA